AUGCUUCCAUUGGAAAUGCCUUGCGAUGACAGCGUCUACGCUGUAAGACAAUUCAGUUACGAUACCUUCAAUUUCCAACUUCGUGAGACGUCGCGACUCACAGAUGAGUUGAUGGAAGGUACUAUUACCGAAGACAAUGCAAUUAUUUUAAUGAUGUCGACUUGGAUUCUAUACAUCACUAUCGGUAGUAAUUGCGCUAUGUUAUUACCACUUGUUGACUUUGAGUUACGGCGACAUGACUUUUUGAGCUUUUUGAAAGCGGGACUGCAAAUCCUCAAUAUGGCUGCAAACUUUGCCCCAAACCACCAAUUAAAUUUUUUCAAACCUAUGAAAACAUUUGAAGCAUUUCCGAUGAUACCACUCUUGAAACGAUAUUAUGAUGAAUUUUCCGGUUUGAGAAACCUUGACGAGGGAAAAGUAAACUACUUGUUAAUCUUUAUUGAGGAAUUGAACCAACUGUUUUACGUGUCGGCUCGUCAUAACAAUGAUGCGGCAAUAUUUCAAACAAUCGCUAAAAUCUCACCCCGAUGGUAUGAUUUGAUUUAUGAACAAAAUAUUUUGGCAUUAUCAUUGCUAAACGUGUGGUCGCUGAUAUGUUUGGGAUUUGAGUAUUAUCUUGAUCGCGACCACAACAUGUUUGCCGACUAUAUGUGUUGGUAUCGCCGUCACUGCAUGCUCAAUUAUGGCGGGUGGAACUUUGCAGGUGACGAAUCUCUAUAUUCCAUCAUGAUUAAAAAAAAGUACUUAUUCUCUACCGUGGAAAAUGCCGUGUGCUUUGAUCCUAUCAUAAUCGAUCACAUUAUAUAG